GUCAAUGACAUCAUGAUCGUUCCAAGAGUUACUUCAUGCUUUAUCACCUUGAAGAAUGAGCUUGAUCGACUGGUCACAAGGAUCCAGAACAAGAAAAAAGGCAAAUCCCCUCUUCUCGCGUGGACCCGGCCUUCGUAUAAAAUGCCCGUGUUAAUCAAGGACCCAUUGAAACAUCUGGUUGAAAAUAAUUGAAUUAAAGCAAAACCCGUAUACAUGAUUGAUACAAUUUGAUUGGCUAGUAUAUUUCAUUCGACAAAACCAAAGAAUGUUUCAAUAAAAAAAGUGUUUGUGUAUCUUUUUUUCCUGCCUAAAACAAAGAACUUUAGUUGGACACAAUGGAUGACUUGUUAGACCUUAAUUGGUCUUCACCCACAUCUUCGUCAGUAAGACCAUCUGCACCCAAGCCUCAAAAACCCAGAGAUGCUUUUGCUGAUCUUUUAAACACCACACCUAAACCAGUUGACACUUCAAAGCUUUCGCUUGCUGAACAACAACGUAUGCAACAAAGCAAUGGCACCCAUUCUCCGUGGCUAACACCUACUCAAGCACCAGCUACUCUUGCUUCGGCAUCUAGAUCAUCUACACCUGGUUACUCUACAACACCACCACCAGCAACCGCUGUUUACUCAAACUCAGACUUGACCCAAUCCUCGAAUAAAGCAUCGUUUGAAAACCUGCUAAGUCCCUUUAGUGGUAACAGCACAAAGACACAAAGUGAUAGAAAUACGCCAUUAAACCAAUUACGGAACCAAACCAAUUCAGCGUCUACUUCUGGAAACUCAAGUCAAUGGGAUUUAGAUUUGCUCGAUUCAAAAUUCAAUACGUCAACCACCACAGCACAGACACUUGACCCGUUUGAUAUGGAUUCACUAGUUCAGGAAGCUAAACAGUUUUCAAACUCACCUCAACCAUCGUCAUUGUAUGAAGAGGACGAUAAUCCGCUCGGUAUUUUAGCCCAGCCAGCUCAACCCACCCGUGUCGAACUCUCCCCUGAGCUUUUACCCGUUCCAGCUUUACCUGCUUCACCAGUCAGAUACACUGAUGCCUCGAUACUGGAUGAUGACGAAGAAGAUAGGAUGAUUAUUCAAUUGAUUGAUAUGGGUUUCAGUUUACAGGAAUCCAAAUUUGCCAUUGAAGCAACCGGAAGAAGCAACCUUCAAUCCGCAGUGGAUCUUCUUAUUCAGAAUUCAGAAGCUGUCCAAAGACAACAGCCCACACGCGCUCCACCCACAUCACAAGAAAAAUUGACCGAAACAGAACGUGCACGCAUGAAUUUAUUUGGUCAAGAAAUAAUAGAAACACCGCGUCAGCAAAAGGAACGAAAAGUUUCAAGAGCUGUGGAAGGAGAGACGGGGGAAGGAGAAGCUCAGUUCCAGACCGAGAAAAUUGUGAUGCAAGCGCAAGAGUUUGGUGGUUUCCUAUAUAAAAAUGCCUCGUCGUUUUUAAAAACAGGUCGACAAAAGGUGACGAAAGCAGUAGGGGAUUGGCAGGAACAACAACGUGCUCAACGUCUUCAACAAAUGCAAGAGGAACAGGGUGGUCCUAUUCGACCUAAAUGGAUGACAGAAGGGGAAGGAGUGGAAAUUCCUACAAGUCAAGUUGAAAAAUUCGCAGACGAUGAUGAUAGUGAUCGUGAGGUGGAGGAGGAGGAUUUGGAGGCUGAAAGACGAAAACUUCAAGAAUUGAGAAGACAACAGGAAUUGAAACAACGUGAAAAGGCUGCUGCUGCACAUAAAGCACGUCAACAACAAAACCUGCGGAAAGAAACCUUGAUUAAAGAGGAAGAGGUUUAUGUGUCUCCAUCAAGACGUAGAGGAAAUACACCAUCCAGUAGUGGGAGAUCCACACCUCGUUCUGUUGCAUCUCAGCAACAACAACAACAACAACAGCAACAACCUGCUUCAUCACAGAAACCUCCAGUUGUUGCUACACCAGAAAAAAAUAAACGAACAAGACCUGUCGUAAAUGCAUCCUCUGAUACCAUGACCAAGGUCAACGAAGCUAGAAAUCAAGGCAACGAAAAGUUUAAGUUGGGCCAAUUUGGCGAUGCUGAAGAAGCUUACACCCGUGCCAUUGAAAUUUUACCCGCCGGUCACGAUCAUCAAGUUUUACUAUUCAAUAAUCGUGCUAUGGCUCGACUUAAAACAGGUCAUUAUAAACAGUGUGUUGAAGAUUGUGAUGCUGCUAUUGCUUUAUCGAAACAAAGCGGAGACGGUAGCAGUAUAUCGGAAGGUGUAACAAUUCAAUGGCGUGAUCAAAUGAUAAAGUCGCUCUACCGAAAGGCUGAAGCAUUAGAAAACAUCGAAAAAUACAAGGACGCUUUAGCUACUUAUGAUGAUUUGGUCAAGUUGGAAGGCACAGGUAACCCUAAAGUAAACCAGGGAAUGUCAAGGUGUAGACAGGCCUUAAAUCCUAGAAAAGCAACACCCCAACCUCGAAAGACAACAUCCCCUACUCAAAAACCAAAAGAAGAUUUUAUGACCAUGUUUGAUCCUUCAUCUACCUCAUCACCACCAGCUGUUUCUGCAGCAUCCGCAGAAGAAUUAAACAAAAGUAAAGCAGUAACAGCGAUGCGAGCCAAGGCUGCUGAACAAGAAGCGCAGGAUGCUGAAAAAUUAGAAAGAACCGAUGAUGUAAAUGCUCGAUUACUUGCUUGGAAGGCUGGUAAAGAGCAAAACCUUCGUGCUCUAUUAGCUACUUUGGAUACUUUACUUUGGCCUGGUGCUCAAUGGAAAGGUGCUCAAAUGAGUGAACUUAUUAAUCCUAAAAAGUGUAAAAUGAUUUAUAUGAGAGCUAUCGGGAAAGUCCAUCCUGAUAAGCUUCCAUCAAAUGUCACAGUGGAGCAAAAGAUGUUGGCUAGUGGCAUAUUUGCAGUUCUGAACGAAGCUUGGGAUUCAUUUAAAGGACAAAAUAAUUUGUAAUAAAACCUUAAAUCGUUCUGAUCUAAGUUAUAUCUACGAGGAUAAUGCAAUGGUGUUGUAGUACUGACAAAGUUAACAAGGGUAUUGUAAACUGUAGCGUUUGAAUUAAA